UUAAGGGACCGACAGGUCUGAUAAAUCGUAAUUAGAAGUAAGCGACGAAAUUAAUGGAAGCCAGCAGUAGAAUUUAAGUACUUCCCUUUAAAUUGGCACCUAAAUCCAGCCAUUUAUUUCACGCUAUCCACGCCUCUAUUCGCACACAGCUAGACACCACUGGCCGAAAUCUCAUACCCGAAGCCCUCCCCCUUCUAGCGUUUUAAAGUAACAUUCUAAAGUAGGAGAGAAACCCAGCAGAACCUUUAAUUUGCUUUCAGUUAAGUCAGUUAUUGUACAUGCGCGUGCGAAUAUUAGUAUGUAAUUGACAAGGAAUCGAGAGUCCUGGAUUUUAAACAGGCGACGUAGACUGAAUACAUAGGUGAACCGCUCAGUGCCCGUUAUUCUGUUCCGAAGAGGAGAAACAGGCAAUACAUAUUUGCGAUAAUGGCAUCAUUCACCGUAUGGAACUACUACGCUUCGCUUUCCGUCGUUUUUCUGCUGAUCUUUGCCCGCACAGUGAGGUGCCAGGCGGUGCAGGCGGAGAACGUGACGGUGCUGGAGGGGGGCACGGCGCAGAUCUCCUGCCGGCUGCAGAACUACGACGGCUCCAUCGUAGUCAUCCAGAACCCCCGCAGGCAGACGCUCUUCUUCAACGGCACCCGGGCCCUGAGAGAUGACCGGUUCCAGAUGGUCCUCUUCACCCCCGCGCUGGUGCGCAUCGCCCUGAGCAACGUCAGCGUGUGGGACGAGGGCGGCUACUUCUGCCAGCUCUACACGGACGACACGCACCACCAGGUGGCCACGCUGUCCGUCAGCGUGCCGCCCGACGUGCCCCAGGUGGAGGCCCGGGCGCAGCCCGUGGAGGGGGCCGAGGUGGAGCUCACCUGCGCCUCGUCCCGCAGCAAGCCCCCCGCCACGCUGCGCUGGUUCCGGGACCGCCACGAGAUCCCGGGGGCCCUGUCCCAGCAGGAGAACGGGAAGACGGUGAGCCUGCGGAGCACCGUCCGCUUCCCCGUGGACCGGCGGGACGACGGGGCGCUCCUGAGCUGCGAGGCGUCCCACCCGGCGCUGGGGGGCCUGCGGAGAGUGCGCCACUACCGGCUGGACGUGCACUUCGCCCCCACGGUCCACAUCGAGCCGCCCGCCAGCAUUCUCAGAGAGGGGGACUCCCUAACCCUCACCUGCUCUGUCACGGGGAACCCACUGCCACGGGCGGUGCAGUGGUCCCGGGUGAACGGCUCCCUGCCGGAGAAGGUGGAGGUCAGCGGCUCCACCCUGAUGGUGUCGCGGCUCAGCCGGGCGCACAACGGCACCUACCUGUGCCAGGCCCACAACCUGUACGGCCGGGCGGCGGACCACUACACUGCUCUCUCCCUGUCUCUCUCUCUCUCAGACCCUGGCGCGGUGGUGGAGACCCACAGCGCAGUACCCUUUGCGGUGAUAGGGGGCAUCCUCGCGCUGCUGGUUUUUGCCGUCAUCUGUGCGCUCAUCGUCACCACCUGGUGCUCCCUCAGACAGAAGGGUUCCUACCUGACCCAUGAAGCCAGUGGCCUGGAUGAGCACGGGGAGGUCCAGGAGGCCUUUCUGAAUGACGGGGACGUGCGGGAGGGCAACAAAGAAUAUUUGCUGUAGCCCUCUGCUGGCGGCCUCCGGAACUGCAACAGUACAGUGGGACACUGCAGACCGCUCAAGAAACUGUCGCAAAGAGCAAAAAGGGAAGGUUGUACAGAUGUUCUUGAGGGGGGAUGAAGAGAGACACAAAUGGUACACUGUACUUUGUGGACACGGAGAAACAGAGAGAAUGCAUAAAUGUGACGGAGGGAGGGGGUUAAUAGACAAAGAGUGACAAAGAGAAAUGUGUAUUAUAACAGUUCUCAGCCUGUGGUGAUUCAUGUAGGCUCCGUCUUGGACUUUCUCUUUUCUCUCUGUCUCUCUCAUUACCUCCCUGUCUCCUGUGUGUGGGUGUGCGCGUGUGUGUUUGUGUGUGAUAUAAACCGAGUGGCAAUAUUCUGCCUCUUAUCGUGAAUAAAAGAAAAAGAAUAAAAUCACUGAGGACAGAUAUUCAAACGAUAUAUCAAAAAAAGGAUAAACUUUCAUAUAAAAAGCCAACGCCAAAAAAAAUCUGAAAAAAAGUGCUAAAGGAGACGUGAAAAAUUUAAAUAUGGAUCAAUAAAAUCUGUUAUUUUUCGGAUGAUGUAACACAGAAAAAUAAAAUAAAGUUAUACAAUGACA